AUGAGUAAAAUGUGGGAGGUUGAUCCGGAGACGCGCAGCAAGUUGCUGGAGAUACAAAAGACCAACGAGAACAACAAAUGUGUCGAUUGCAAUGCGCCGAGCCCCCAAUGGCACAGUCUAACAUGGCAGGCCUCGCCCAAACUCGGAAUCUUCAUGUGUCUGUCCUGCUCGGGCGUUCACCGCGGUCUCGGCGUACACAUCUCCUUUAUUCGCAGCAUCACCAUGGACGCCUUCAAAGGCUCAGAGCUUGCCCGCAUGGCCGCCGGUGGCAACAAGACCUAUCAAGACUUCUUCAACGCGCACGCUUCGAAUACCAAGGAAGGAAGGACGUUUGAAGCCUCGACGAUACAGGAACGCUACGACUCGGAGGCGGGCGACGAGUGGAAGGAAAGGCUAAGCUGCAAGGUCGAAGACCGCGAGUUUGACAAGGCCAAUCUGCCCAAGCGACUGCCCAAGAAGGACAAUUCAACAUCGGCCGGCAUGGGUGCGCCCCUCAGUGGCCGUGCCAGUGCAACAGAUAGCAGAAGUCAAACUCCCCUGGGCAAGCCAAGAGGCCACGAUGCUGCCUUGCACCGCUCGGCCUCACCCGCACUGGGGACCAACGCCAUGUCUUCGCAAAAGUCAAAGAAUGAAGCCUAUUUUGCCAAAAUGGGCCAGGCCAAUGCAGAACGGCCUGAGGGUGUGGCGCCCAACCAGGGAGGCAAGUUCUCGGGCUUUGGCAGCGAGCCAGACUCGUGGAAGAAAGAGGACAGCUUCGACGCGCCGCCUGAGAUAUCCGACUUCCAAAAGGACCCCGUCGCAGCGCUGACCAAGGGUUUUGGCUGGCUCGGCGCUAGUGUCAGCAAGGUCGGCAAGACGGGUUACGAAGGCUGGGUUAAGCCAGGCAUGCAGAAGCUUGCCGAAGCAGACAUUGCCUCUCAAGCGCGCAACACUGCAGGCACCAUUGGCGCAACCCUUCAAACCGGCGUCGUCAAUGCAGGAACAACGUUCAAUCGCUUCGUCGAGGGUGAAAGUACGACCUCGAAUGCUCGGCGUGGCGGCCCCGCUGUCGAACCGGAGCACAAAGACUUCUGGGAGUCUUUUGGGGCGCCAGCAAAGGGGCCUAGCAAAGAUAAACAGGACUUCUGGGACGAGUUCUCGACUGCAGGUGAGACAAGGGUGAAUGCCAACCAAGCAAGGCAGAAACCAUCAGGCAUUGGCACGACGGCUAUGAAGAAGGGCGGGUCGGGUGGAGCCGCAAGUGGGAAGAAGGAAGACGAUGCUUGGGGGGAGUGGUAG